CAUACUGUUACUCUCACAGUGACGCUGCAAUGAGGUUAUUACCAUUCCUGAUUCUCGUGGCACUCGUUGUUUCAUCAAGAUGUGAGGAGGAGAAGAGGCAUUCUAGUCAUUCCGGACACGUCAUCACAGACACUUCCCACAGCAUCGGGAUCUCCUUUCACUCUUUCGGAGGUUACACAGAAAGGUUUCUAGGAGGUGCUAGUGGGUACGUGACGAGUGGGGGCCACCUCCUCCUGCACAGAGCGGACUCAUGCAGGACGGCGGCUGUCCACGUGCUGGACGGUGGCCUUCACCAUGCCUCUGGCUUUUCACAUGGCGUCCAUGACGUCAUCUCUGGCAUCUUGGGACGAUGCUGUUUCUUCUGUCAAAGCAUGCAGCACCACAGAGACCAACAUCACACAGUGCACCCAGUCAUUACGUGUCCAGCCAACAUUCAUGUGUCCGCUGACCACAGGUCAACGUCCCAGGUUGUCAAGAUCCCCACUCCGAAGUACAGCGAUCCCGAGGGGUCCUCUGUAAAACUAUCGGUCAGAAAUCUGCCCCACGGCAAUAUCUUCAGUGAAGGCUGCACCACCGUCCGCUACACUGUCACCAACUCCCACGGCCUUUCCAGCAGCUGUCUUGUCACCGUCAGUGUCACAGUGAAGCGGUGCCCCAGACCGAAUUAUAUUCAUAAUGGCCGCCUGACUUGCACGACGUCAUCCGGUUACCUGCUGUUGGGGGAAUCCUGCGCCGUGUCAUGUAACAGUGGCUAUCAGAGAAAGGGAGCUAGCAGCGUCACCUGCACUGGUACCAAUACUCUCAGUGCCGCCAUGCCUGUGUGUGAAGGCUCACGGUGCGGGUCUCCCCCGACACCCCCCACCGGCAACUACACCUGCCCCAUGGGUGGAACAUAUGGGUCAGCGUGCUACCUGAACUGUCCCCCGGGGUCGUCACCUUCACACAACAAGUUCUACAUCAUGUGUGAACGUUCAGGAAGAUGGACUUCGCCUGGGAAGUGUGAAGUUAUCUCCCACCCCUCCUUCCUCCACGCCAACUGCUCCGCCAGCAUCACCUACACCCUCAUGAGUGGUAUAGCCAAAGCAGCGGUCAGAUGGAGCGACGUUCUCGUUGACCCCACGAAGGGCGUAGGCAGGGUGAAGGUCACCCAGACAGUCGGCCCUCGGUCUGGCACUGUGGUUGGUCCAUGUCGACAGACAGUCGUGUAUGAGGCCGUAGACGAGACCGGAAACAAGGCCACGUGCUACUUCACCGUAGAUGCCUCGAGAGCAGUGAAGACAUGCAAGCCCCCAUCCUACAGCUUCACCGACGUCAACCUGAACUUCACAUGUCCACACAGCUACAACGUCGGCAGCUCGUGCACCGUGCAAUGCAAGAUGGGAUACCCCCUCGUUGGCUCCAACCGCAUCACGUGUACCGACAGCCCUUCGGCCACAUUGGGCACACGCUGGACAUCGGUGUCGGGCGUUCCGUCAUGUCAGAAGAGAAACUGCCCCGCCCUGCAGGCGCCCCAAAAUGGGGCGUUGUCAUGCGACAAGUGGGUAGGCGGAAACAUGUGCCAAACGCAGUGCCAAGAGGGCUUCCUUAUCUCGCGGUCAGCGCCCGCUAACGGCAUGUACGCAUGUGGAUCUAACACCGGCACAUGGAAGCCAAGCCCUCACAUCAUGCCAUGUGUUGCCAGCUGUCUGCCCCAGUCUUUCCGUGCCCCCGGGAACGUCUACUACAAGGGAGCGUGUCCAACCAGCCCCUCCGCCAGGGCCCAGAUCAGGAGCAACUUCAUCAAGUCUCUCAUUAGCAGCAUCUUCAUGUCCGUGUGUGCUGACAGAACGCAGUGUAAUGCACAGAACGUGGACGUCAUAUGCGGCAGGGUGACUGGCAAACGCACGACGACGUAUUCUGUGCAGUUAACGUUUGAUAUUGUUGUGCCGUACGUUGCUGCUGAUGGCGGAGGAGCCAUGGCUGUGGUUGCUGGGCAGAAUCUACUGAACAAGAUCGCAGCAGGAAUCAUGAAUGGUGUCAAGUCAACUUCUCUGAACAUCCCAUCAUUUGGCCUCUAUACAUCAAGUGCUGCCCUCCAUGUUGAAUCCAUGGUAAUGGACUGUCCACAGGGCACAGGACCGGACUAUACCAGUGGAGCCUGUGCUGGAUGUCCAAAAGGCCAAUACUACAACGAGACCAAUGACUCGUGUGACCCCGUCCCGAAAGGGUUUUACCAGCCAUCUGACAACGCGGUGACCUCUAUCCAGUGUCCUGAUGGGAUGUCCACGGAAACUACCGGAGCAAAGAGCCGCUCCGAGUGUCAGGAGGUGUGCCCGCCUGGUCAGUACUCUGCUACAGGACUAGCUCCAUGUUCGCUGUGUGGAGAAGGCACCUUCUCUAGCACCCCCGCGGCUGUCGACUGCAUCACGUGCUCCCCUGGGUACACUACCAGGGACUCGGGGGCUACCAGCCUGGAUAGCUGCAUUGACGCCAAAUACCUCCACAACGAAUGCCUGAGCAGCCCAUGUGGAGCGAACAACGCCUGUGAGAUGCUGCCAGAUGGCUACCGGUGCCGAUGUUCUGGGGGAUACAGCGGAGAACGCUGCCAGACUGCCCCCGACCACUGUCUCAGCCACCCAUGUGCCAACAACGCCACCUGUGUCACCUCCCCUGCAGGAUUCGUCUGUCGGUGCGCGUCUGGGUACACGGGCGAUCGAUGCCAAAACCAAAUAGUGAAUGGUGGCUGGGGCGUAUGGUCGCUGUGGUCAAACUGUUCGGCGACCUGUGGACAAACUGGUGUCAUGUCAAGGUCACGUCAUUGCGACAGUCCAGCCCCACAACAUGGCGGACGCGACUGUCAAGGGGAGGCAACUGAGACGGAAUCCUGCAAUCGGGAACUGUGUCCCGCGUGUGAAACGUUCCCCAAACCACCAAACUCCGUGUUUGAGUGUAACCAGACCGGCUCCACCAAAAGCUGCAAGCUGUCAUGUGAGCUAGGAUAUAGUUUCACAAAUGCGCCACUGACGUCUUACAACUGUGGACCAGAAACAGGAUACACGUGGGAUCACGUGACCAGAGCUGACGGAUUCCUGCCGUUUUGCAACAAAAUGGAGGCACCAGGAGCCAUGACUAUCAAAAGCACUAUGUCCUACUCUGGGCUGAAGUGUUCUCUGAUACGCUCGGACAUAAAGCACGAGCAGGAAUUGACCAGUCAAAUCGAGCAACUCUCCCGGAAGUUGGCAUGUAAAGAUGGUGGUUUCUGUUCUUCCAAGACUGAGGUUAACUGUUCUUCUCCCGACCGAGAUGUGGUUGUAGUUCUCUCCCUUGAUAUUUCUGGUGUCGCUGGUGCCGGGAAUCUCGACGUGCACGCGUUUUUCACAGACAAGAAAGUGUCCCCCGACUUGACCACGUACCUGCAGGCGUUGCUGUCAAUGGAGUUGACGGGCACGCAGCUGAUGAACCACACGACGUCCCUGCUGUCCGUCACCGUCAACAACCACAACUACACCGCCACCACUAAAGGCGUCGUCUCCACAGUUCACUGUGACUUUGGCUCUAUUUACCAAGGAUCUUCUUGUGUGAAGUGCGAUGCUGGAACACGGCAAGUAGAGGACGUCUGUAAGCUGUGCGACGUAAACUCCUUCCAACCAAACGAAGGUCAGGAUCACUGUAUUACAUGUCCACAGGGGCAGAUAACUCUACAGACAGGUUCCACAAGGCCACAGGAUUGCAUCAAUGGUGACUAAAGUGGUUCAUAUGAGAAGACAGAUAUCAACAGAAAUGUCUGGAACUCUGUGAUGGAGUAAAACAUGCAUUAAAUGAUUGACAAGC